AUGUUAAACCCGGAAGUUGUGUCCAAAUACAUGGACGACCUGGGAAGUUUGCUUCUUAAAUUAGGCAUAAGUGGAAAGCCCAAACAAAUAUGGAACUGCAACGAAACGGGCAGGUCGUUUGAACACUCACCGGUUAGAGUCAUUGCCGAAAAAUCGUCAAGAAAUGUACUUGGCCGUACCAGCAAUAACCGUACCAAUGUUACCAUGACGGCGUGCAUCAAUGCUGCCGGACAGAAAAUGUCUCCAAUGUUGAUUGUAAAAGGCAAAACAUCAGUGUCCGUCCACGGGUUUAACACAGAAGCAGCGCCACCAGGUUCCAAAUGGGCCUGGCAGGAGAACGGAUGGAUGAAUGACAAGUUGGGGGAACAAUGUUUUAGGGACGUGUUUCUCAAAGAAUGCGGUUCCGCUAGAUCACAGCUAUUACUCCUUGAUGAACAUUCAUCUCAUGAGUCAUUUGCCAUCCUACAACUGGCUUCAGAAAAUGAUGUACAGAUAAUGUGCCUCCCUCCCCAUACUACUCACAUUCUACAGCCGCUUGACCGGACAGUGUUUGGGCCAUUUAGUGCCGAGUACAACAAAGCGUGUUCGGCUUUCAUAACACUGUCAACAAAUACAGCUUCCCCGGGCUAA